CUAUUCGUGUUCCCUGUUGCAUACGCGAGUAAUCAUACGCGUGACGUGGUGUGGAAAAAGUUUUAUAAAUUUCGCAUAAUUCGUAUCUCUGCUUAAUUAUUAAUUUCUUAUGAUUGUAUUAUGUGACGUGAUCAACAUUUAGACGCAUAAUAAAUAGCUAUUUCAAUGAAAUAUAUUUAGAAUACGGGAAUCUAAUAAUUGCGUCGUUCAAGAAUGGUGCAUCUACAAUAUAACAUUGCCUGUUGCAUUUUAGUUUUAUUUAUUUUAAGUCUUGCCAAAGCGAACUUUCAGUAUUAUAUGAACUUUAAGCAUACAGCAAAAUAUUUUUCUGAGAACAAAUUUCGUCUCGAUAUCGAAUGGGAUUCUCAAUGGGCCAAGGAUAUCAAAUUUGGCCAGGUAUCGGCGGUCUCUAUAGAUCCAUGUGGAAACAUUGGGAUAUUUCAUAGAGGAUCCAGAGUAUGGGGCUCAACUACAUUUAAUAUUGAAAAUAAAUUUGAUGAAAGAAAAGGCCCAAUUCACGAAGACACCAUAAUUUUGUUGGAUAAAUCUGGAAAGAAGUUAUUAGAAUGGGGCGCACACAAAUUUUAUUUACCACACGGUUUGACGAUAGACAUGCAUGGAAAUUAUUGGAUUACUGAUGUGGCUCUACAUCAGGUACAUAAAUAUGAUGCUGAAGAUAUAGAAAUAAUGAAAGGUUUAUCAGAUUUGAGAAAAAAACAAUACAAUCAAGGAAAGAGCUUAAAACCUUCGUUGAUUCUUGGAGAAGCUUUUAAGCCUGGUAAUGAUGACAAACGGUUUUGCAAACCAACAGCUGUUGCCGUAGAAAAUAAUGGUGACUUUUUUGUUAGCGAUGGUUACUGUAACGCUAGAAUUCUGAAAUUCAAUGCUAAAGGGGAAAAACUUCUAGAGUGGGGCCGCAGAAGCAUAUAUGGACAAAUUCCUCUACAAAAUACAUUUAACGUACCUCAUGCUUUAGCACUUGCCAGUGAACUGAACUUACUUUUUGUUGCUGAUAGAGAAAAUGGUAGAAUUACAUCUUUCUAUGCGACUAAUGGAACUUUCCACAAAGAGUACAAGAAUCUUAGCACAAUUGGUCCAUUAGUAUAUAGCGUAGCAUAUGCCAAAGAAAGACUCUAUUUGAUUAAUGGUCCUAAUUCACAUUACAAUGUACAUGUUCGAGGAUUUGUUCUGGAUGUAAACUCAGGAGAUAUAUUAUCUCAAUUUGAUCCAGGACAAGAUAUGGAUAGUCCACAUGAUAUAGCUGUGUCUCAGAAUGGUUCAGAAAUAUAUGUCGUGGAAUUAAAUAAAAAUAUUACUUAUAAAUUUUCGCAGAAGACAAAUCCUCACCGUGGACCAGCACCUUUAACGGACGCUGAUGUUAACAACCCACUUGCAAUUAGUACAACAGAAAAAAUAAUCUUAACCCUUUUUGUAGUAACAGUCAUUUUUAUUGGCCUCUGUGCAUCACUUGCUGCAGUUUUAACAAGAUCUCAAGAAAGAGGAUGUUUGCUAAUAAUGCGCAAACGAAUGCGCUGGGAGGCCGAGAGGCGUGAAAACUAUAAACUCCCAAAUCUCUUGGAAAACAGAAGAGGCAAGAGUUCCAAGACAACGGAGAAACGACCAAAUCCGCGAGAUUUUAAUAAAUUGAACACGGAACCAGAAACCUCGGAGGAUGAAUAUCCGGAUAAUAGUUUUACGAAAAUCAUUUAAUAGCGUUUAAAAUUUUUAACGUAUCAAGCAUAUGAUUUUAACGACGUACCUCUGUUUUAAAAAACGUGCAGUCUUAUUCCAAUUCCAAUUCAAGCUUUUUACAUGUAGAUUUGAAUCUGAAUCUCCAUGAUGCCAAUUUUACGAACUAUGAUGUUCAAGUUGCGAGAUGUUCCAAUUAAUGCCUCACGAUUGUUGCCUUUUCACAUAAGGUCACUUAUUAUCACUCACGAAAUUAAGUAUACGUAAUUGUUUUAUUAUAUUGUUUAAGAAAGCAUCGAAUUCGUUACCUAAGACUUUGUCGUUGACCGGUACCGACUCCCGCCACUACGCACUAACUAAAAUGCAACUGAAAUUACGACAGCCCGAAGUAGACAACCGCGCGAUUAUUCGAAUCUGCUAUUAUCCCUAGCAUAGGGAUAAUCGUGUAUUACAGUCUGCUCGAUUCAAUUUCAUAGAGAUUAUCAUUCCUGCGCGUUUUACAUAAUAAUUACGCUUGAAGAAGUAUUAAAAUGUUUCUCUCAUACUUGAGAAGCGAGAUAUAUUGAAAUACGAUAUAUAGGUGUGUGUUAUCAGUAUUUGAACGAAACCGCGCUUUAUACUUUAUCGAAUAUUCAAUUUGAUAGAUAUCUAUAUUGUCUUUCACUACUGUGCAAUUCGUGUUUCCAAAGAACUGCCGAUAUUUUAGACUUUGUAUUCCUUUUUAAGUGAUUUAUUUGAUUUAGUCUAAUAUUUACACUUAGCUUUUACAUUAAUUUAUAAUAAUACAUUUUGUAAAUGGUAAAAAUAAGAGUUGAAACAUUCCUAUAAAGAUACGUAAGAGAUGAGGUAUCAUUUGAAGUUUUAAAGAUUAAAGAUUUUAUUAUUAUUUUGAACACAUUUGAUAUUAUGUCAAACUAUUUUUUAUAAUGUUAGAAUUAACAACCAAUACAUAACAAAUGCAAAAUAUCCUGUUUAUGCAAAAUAGGGUAAAAGAUCAGUAUAUAUAUAUAUAUAUAUAAUGUAUGUUCAAAAUUUAUAUAAAUAAUUAACUUAAAGAAUAUUUAUCGCAACAUUAUAACAUACCUGAUAAUAAUGGCCUUGCAGAUAACACUUAAAAAGUGACCAAACUUAAGUUGUAUGUAUUAAAUGUCAAUAUCUAUAUAUAUAUAUAUAUAUAUAUUUACGAAUUAUAUUAUUAUGUAACUAUAUAUUACAAAUUAUUGACAUAUCCCUUUAAAAGUACGAAAAGCGGUAUACAUAUAUAAUUAUUUUAAUUUAUAAUUAUUAUUAUAUUCAUGUCCGAAAAUUUUUUAUUUAAUCAAUUAAGCAUCACUUAUUUAAAUUAUCACUUAUUCAAAUGUGUUCGACAAAGACAGUAUUUUUCUAGUACCUGAGACUGUGUAUUUUAGUACUUUUAAAUGUACCAAUACUUACAAUGUUUAUAUAUAACUUACUUUAUAUUUCUUCUUUUCUACUUUCUGUUAAUCUCUAUACUUCUCUUAUAUCCUGUGAACAUUUUUAUGUACUAUUGCCACAAACGUAAUGUAUGUAUCCAUGAAUAUGAAAAUGUAUAUUUUCAAAUAAAAACGGUGUUUGUACUGUUAGGUUAAGUAUCCUAGUAAAAAUUUGUCAGAUUAUCGCUUAGGGUUCGAUCAGUGAAGUUAUUAAAGGUAUAUAAGAAAUCUGA